AUGAAGCUCUUAGCUCUGGCUGGACUCUUUGUGACCGCUGCGAGCGGUCUGGCUUCCCACGUGAUCUCAGGGGCACAGAUCAUUGCUGCCAAUGACAAGUCGGAACUAAGGAAUGUUGGCGCGUUUCAUCAAAAAUAUCCGGACCGUCGGACCGUGACUAUUCGUUCGUCGAAGAGUGACAACGAUGACGUGUCCAGCGAUUUUCUCUGGGGUAUCAAGCAAGCCAAUCAUGGAGGCCGCUUAUUGCUGGAGAAAGGCAAGACUUACGUGAUUGGAAAGAAAUUGGAUCUGAGCUUUUUGAAUGAUAUUGAGGUUCAACUGGAAGGAGAGAUCAAGUUUACCGACAACAUCACCUACUGGCAAGCGAACAACUUCUACUACUCUUUCCAGAAGUCGAUUACCUUUUGGGUCUGGGGCGGUCAGGACAUCAAGAUCUUCGGACAGGGAACUCUCAAUGGUAAUGGCCAGAAAUGGUACGAUGAGUUCUCGGGCAGCCAGAUUCUGGAUCCCGAUAACACCUUCUACCGGCCAAUCUUGUUCUUAACCGACAAUGCCACGCGAGUCAGCGUGGAAGGAAUCACACAGCUGAAUUCGCCUUGCUGGACGAACUUUUUCGUUCGCACCAACGACAUUUCCUUUGAUGAUGUGUAUAUCCAUGCGUAUUCGACCAAUGCUUCGGUCGACGCGGCGAACACCGACGGCUUUGAUUCCUACGUCGUGGACGGACUCAGUGUCACCAAUACCCGGAUCGACGUCGGAGAUGACUGUUUCUCGCCCAAACCCAACACGAGCAACAUCUUUGUGCAGAACAUGUGGUGUAACAACACCCAUGGAGUCAGCAUGGGUAGUAUCGGGCAGUACUCGGGCGAGAUGGAUUUCAUUGAGAAUGCCUAUCUCGAGAAUAUCACCCUGUUGAAUGGACAAAAUGGAGCUCGCCUGAAGGCGUGGGCCGGUCCCGACGUAGGAUACGGUCGCAUCAGCAAUAUCACGUAUCGCAACGUGCAGAUCCAGAACACGGAUAAACCGGUGGUAUUGGAUCAAUGCUACUUUGAUGUGAAUGCGACCGAGUGUGCCGCGUACCCAUCGGCAGUGAACAUCACGGACAUUGUGUUCGACAACGUCUGGGGCACCUCAUCAGGGGCCGAAGGCAAGGUAGUGGUGGAUCUGACCUGUUCCCCCAACGCGGUCUGUUCCAAUAUCCACCUGUCGCGGAUCAAUUUGACGAGCCCCGCGGGAAGUCCUCCGGAGAUAGUCUGUGAUGGUAUUGAGGGGGAUAUUGGAGUGAACUGCACAAAUUCCAGCUAG